CUUAAAACCCUGCAAAUUAAAAGUAUUGCACUGCAUGCCUGACUGCUGCUAAACCUACGACGCCUCUCCUUCACCGUCCAACAAGGCCAACUGCGUUGAAAUUGCGACCAAGGCGAUGGAGGUCGGCUACGACGGCGUCACCUACAACCGCUCGAUGAGUGGCAGUCGUGUACAAUCGCGACCACUGCUCCACCCCCUCCUCUCCCUCUCUGCGCUCCUCAAGGACCCCACCUUGCUCUCCUCGUCCGUCUCCCUCCACCACAGCCUCCUCAGCCUCCCCCUCCCCCUCGCCUUCCGCCGGUACACGCGCCUGACCGUCUUUGCCGAGACCGUCUCCCAGGCUCAGGUCCAGAACUCCGCGAACCCCGUUCUCAAGAGCUACGACUUGGUCACCGUCAGGCCUUUCGACCAAGCUGUCUUCGAUCACGUUUCUGAGAAAUCCGAGGUAGAUGAGUGGCAGCCCCCAGACUGCUGCAUUAUUUUAUAUUAAAAAAAAAAAACAAGUCCAAUGUGGGUGCAAGGAUCAGUUGCUGUUCACUCUUCACAUUUCCCAUCUUUUCAGUGGCCCC